CAACUUUUAACUACCACCGGUUACCGGUUGGCACACUUGAGUCCAUAACAAUGGGCGUGGAACGACAUCAUAAUUUCAAGGGCAUUUCUCUUCUCUUCAACAUAUGCACAUCUAUAUAUGCAUGUUUAUAUUCAAUUCAAAGUAGCAGGGAAGAGAUGGGUUCAAAUCAGAAAGUACAUGUAUUUGAGGAGGUUGCCAAACACAACAAGACCAAAGAUUGUUGGCUUAUCAUCAGCGGAAAGGUGUAUGAUGUGACUCCAUUCAUGGAAGAUCAUCCAGGUGGUGAUGAAGUUUUGCUUUCAGCAACAGGGAAAGAUGCAACUAAUGACUUUGAAGAUGUCGGCCACAGUGAUGAUGCUAGAAAGAUGAUGGAUAAAUAUUACAUUGGAGAAAUUGAUACAUCAACAGUUCCCCUGAAAUGUGCUUAUGUCCCACCACAACAAGCCCCAUACAAUCCAGACAAGACUCCGGAAUUCGUUAUCAAAAUCUUGCAGUUCCUUGUGCCCCUCUUGAUUUUGGGCUUAACCUUUGUUGUGCGACACUACACCAAGGAGAAGUAAAUCCUUUGCGUUCUAAUUUGGAUUGUCAGAACACUUAUGUAGUUGUCAAAUGAAACACCCGGUUUAUAGUUCAUUAUGGAGCUGCAAUAUCUGAACUUGAUUUAUUGUACUUUGUAUGAGUUGCACAGUGGCCAUUUGUAGUGCAUCCUGUAAACAUUGAACUUUACCUGGCUUAUGUUUAUGAUGAUAUUUGAGAUA